GUUGUUGCUUGGAUAAUUAGGAAAUCAGAAGAAAAAAAUCUUCUGUUUACGACAUUGACACACUCUCUCGGGUCUCAAACAUUGAAAUUUGUUGUCUCAACCCUCAAACUCGCUAACCGGAUGCUUCGCUGUAGAUAUGCUCUGCCAAUUAUUACUAAAAGAUUGGAAUCAGUGAAAAUUACCCAGAGCCCAAGGAAUACCGUGGUAUGCGCUGCAAAAGGUCCAAGACCUCGGUAUCCUCGGGUAUGGAAAUCAAGGAAGAGAAUUGGGACUGUCUCAAAAUCAGCAAAACUUGUUACUUGUGUAAUGGAACUGUCAAAUGUCAAGGAGGAAGUUUACGGGGCUCUCGACUCGUUCAUUGCAUGGGAACUAGAGUUCCCUCUAAUUACAGUGAAGAAAGCAUUGAAGAUCCUUCAGAAUGAACAAGAAUGGAAGAGAAUAAUUCAGGUGAUAAAGUGGAUGUUAAGCAAAGGUCAAGGAAGAACGAUGGGAACCUAUUUCACCUUACUGAAUGCUUUAGCAGAGGAUGGGAGACUUGAUGAGGCUGAAGACCUGUGGGGAAAACUAUUUUCUGAUAAUUUAGAAAGCACACCGCGUAUUUUCUUUGAUAAAAUGAUUUCGAUUUACCAUCACAGGGGCAUGCAUGAGAAGAUGUUUGAGGUAUUUGCUGACAUGGAAGAGCUUGGUGUCAAACCAAGUGUAUCAGUUGUUUCAAUGGUUGGAAAUGUCUUCCUACAAUUGGGCAUGUUGGACAAGUAUGACAAGUUAAAAAAGAAAUAUCCACCACCAAAAUGGGAAUAUAGAUACAUCAAAGGAAAGUGUGUCAAAAUUCAAGUAAAGCAGCUACAGGAAUUUGAUAAAAUUGUCAAAGGUGUCACUGAGGACAAGGAAACUGAAAAGAAUUUGAGUUUAUUGGACGAGGAAGCUGACGCAAGUUCAAAUGCAUUUGCUACUGAAGCUAACAUAACUUCUUGAUUGAUCAAAUAGUCUUACAUCCAGCACAGCCGUUGGCCUUCAUAGUGAAAUGCAAUAUAUUCGAUCUCAGGAGCAAGUUAAGGAAGGUUGUAUGACAAGAAUGAACAAUCCUUUCUUAUGUCAUGUUAUGUUAUUUUGUAUCAGCACGAUCCUUAUCGGGACUAGGUUAGGUCUGGGAUUCAUGUAAACUAAGCAAGUUGUGGGAUCGUAAGAAUUUUUUUUUUUUUUUUGGGCAUCUGGACAAAUUAAAAUAUUUGACAAAUUGAAGAUUGAAUAUAUGAUACAAAGGUUGUAACCUUGCUUU